CGUGCACACACUCACAUUCCUCUGCAGGCUCUGCAAGGGGCAGGCGCAGUUUGUUGGAAGCCGUUCUUCAGAGUGAGCGUCUCUCUCACUCUCCCGCAGUCGUUAAGUCAGACAGCAAAGGAGGAAGGGAAGGCAGAGAGACCGAGGGAGGUCUGACGACACCAUCCCGUCUCACCUAUUCUCACUGCACAGACUGAUCAAUGCAAGCAAGCAGCCUGCUCACAUCUGGCUCUGAUUUAUUCUGGAGGAACAUCAAGGCUUUUGUAACCGAGCUGUCACUCUGCAAGUAAUGUGUGCAACCCUUUCUCUGCCAGGACCAAAUCUUAAAGGAGCUUUGGGAACAUUGCAUGUGCAAGUGUCCAUGGCAGGAGUGAGCAGUGGCUUUGAGUGCUGGAGGUCCAAUGUAAGGAUGGAGGACAAAUGUUCCAGGCUAACGGUGUUCUGCACUGUUUGCUGAUCCAGCCUCCCAGGGAACAUCCAGCCAAACGAAGAAGAAGAAGAAGAAGCAGAAGAAGCAGAUAAAAAGACAAGAACUUAAUUCACCGGCAACCUUUUGUUUUCCUCCAGUGGUGAAAGAUGCUGUGGUGCAGCUUUGACCACCACUUGCUCUCACUGGCGGCACUUCUCGUAAUUGUGAGCUGUGGAGGAGGGGAGCAAAGGAGAGGGACGGAUAGCAGCACCAGCGGCACAGGUGGCAGCAGCAGCAGCAGCAGCAGCAGCAGCAGCAGCAGUGGAUCAAGUGGUAGCAGCAGUAGUAGUAAUUACAGCAGCAGACGGUUUCACAAGAUCCAGCACGGCCAGUGCACCUACACCUUCAUCCUACCUGAGGAGGAUGGAGCCGGAGGAGGCGCCUGCAGGGAGGCGAAAACCGGCAACCCCCAGUACAACGCCAACUCUCUGCAGAGGGACGCUCCGCCACCUGAGCCGGAGUUUCCCAACCAGAAGAUCCAGCAGCUCGAGCACAUUAUGGAGAAUUAUACCCAGUGGCUGCAGAAGAUUGAAAACUACAUCAAAGAGAGCAUGAAGACGGAGAUGGCCCAGCUGCAGCAGAGCGCCGUCCACAACCACACGGCGGCCAUGUUGGAAAUGGGCACGAACCUCCUUUCUCAGACAGCUGAACAGACGCGCAAGCUGACUGACGUCGAGACGCAGGUCCUGAAUCAGACGUCGAGGCUCGAGAUCCAGAUGCUGGAAAAUUCUCUCUCCACUAAUAAGCUGGAGAAGGAGUUAAUGGUCCAGACCAACGAGAUCAGCAAGCUGCAUGACAAGAACAGCCUCAUGGAGCAGAAGAUGUUAGAGAUGGAGACGCGGCACCACGAGGAGCUGGAGACGCUGAAGCAGGAGAAGGGAAGCCUCCAGACCUUGGUGGGGAGGCAGAGCGGGGUUAUCCGGGAGCUCGAAACCCAGCUGAGCCGCGCCACGGGAAACAGCACAGCCCUGCAGAGACAGCAGCAGGAGAUGAUGGAUACCGUCCACAACCUGCUCAACCUCUGCUCUAAAGAUGGAGUUGUUCCUAAUAGCACAAAGGUUGCGGACGAAGAGAAGAAGUUCCGCGACUGUGCCGACCUCUACCUGGCCGGCUUCCAUAAGACCGCCAUCUACACCAUCCAGAUCAACGCCCAGGAGACCAAAAAGGUUUAUUGCAACAUGGAAACAGCCGGCGGUGGAUGGACGGUCAUCCAGCGCAGAGAAGACGGCAGCAUGGACUUCCAGAGGACGUGGAAGGAGUACAAGAUGGGUUUUGGGAGCGUGUCCGCAGAGCACUGGCUGGGGAACGAAUACGUUUACCAGUUGACCAGUCAGCGGCAGUAUGCUCUGCGUGUGGAGCUGACAGACUGGGACGGACACCAGGCCUUCUCUCUGUACGACCGCUUCCAAAUUGGCAGCGAGAAACAGAACUACAGGCUGUUCCUGAAAAGCCACAGUGGGACCGCGGGCCGACAGAGCAGUCUGGUGAUCCACGGAGCAGACUUCAGCACCAAGGACAUGGACAAUGACAACUGCCUGUGCAAGUGCGCCCUCAUGCUCACUGGAGGUUGGUGGUUCGACGCCUGCGGCCCGUCCAACCUCAACGGCAUGUACUUCACCCAAGGACAACACAUAGGGAAGCUGAACGGUAUCAAGUGGCACUACUUCAAGGGCCCCAGCUACUCGCUACGAGCCACGGCCAUGAUGAUCCGCCCACUGGACUUCUCGUAGUCUUUUGAACUCGUGAACUUUUAACGUAGAACAUUAAAGGGACGCUUCCUAUUUUAUCCUCUUGUCUCAUCUCAUUUCGCCCGGCCAUGGGAGUCACCCUAUAAAUCUUAUAUUCAACUGGUCCUCCCCCAGAGCAGCUGCUGUUGCUGUGCUACUGUUGCCUCGUAACCUUUCCCCUCGUUGAGCUGCCACGAGGAGGAAAGAGUGACAUGGGAUUCGCCCGAACUGAUUUCUCCUCCGACACAGAUUCACACACUUGAGAGGGACAAACGUUUUGAAGCGUGUUAACUCAAACCCGGGAUUCGUGCACAUUUUGAGCACAGUUCAUAUUCAGCUCAAAACUGGAGGUCAAACCACGAUUCCUCCGUUUUCCUGGGGAAGCUUUGUCGUAACAAUGCGGAGAACUGGACUCUUCUGAAUGGAAAGCAGCUAAAUCAGAGCAGACUCUGAAAACUGCAGGACAGAACAUUUCUAAAAACACUUUAAAGAGACUAAUAACAGACGUUGCUUUUUUUUUAUUAAAGUGUUAAUCACAGAAAACAGCCCAUAAAUGUUGUGACUGUGUUAUGUUGUAUUAUUUUUGUUAUUCCAAUUCUCCACAGUAUCCAACGUGAGUUCAAAUUGUCUUUUGUCCUGUGCAGUACGCUGAACUGCUUAUUUGCAUCACGUAUGAAACACGCGCUCGUUUUUUUUAAAGCAACACUAUGUAACUUUUUUCUGAACAGCGCCCUCUGCAGGCUGUCACUUUUUCAACAGACAAGCAAGAACAAGUUUUAACGUUGCUCUGCUCGUCUGUGGUGCCUCCUCCGCUGAUGCUAACACGUGCAGAUUUGUCGUAUCUUUGAAUGUUAAGAUUGUUGCCUGGUACAAACAGCCUAAUAUCUUUGUUCGUUACUUUGCCGUGUACGUUGUAGAACUCAAAAAACGUCCACAUGUCUCUUCUCAGAUGCAUCUGUGUCGUCAUUUCUGUCCCAAAAAACGCAACAUACCAGCUCACUUUAUAGAUACGUCAAGUGGGCAGGCGAUCGGUCGAGCUGACAGUGAGUGCCCUCUGCUGGAUCAUGUGGUAAACUACUUCAGAUGGUUUCUUCUAUUUGGUAUAUUUACAAUUUCAACUGAACAUUAGAAUCUCCAUGUCUGAACGAUUCAGGGGUUUUCAUGUUGAGAUAAAAACAGUAUUAAUGUGUCGUCCCACUCGCUGAACUAAAAACAUGAGUGAACGUUGGAUAUUACCCAUAAUCCCCGACUUCCUGAUCCAGAAGAUUAACAAAUAAACUAAACUCUGUUUAGAAUUCUUCGUAUUUAGCAGUUAUUUUAGUUUCCUUGCUGAAUAUUUGGAGAUAAACGAUGGUUUAAAAAUGAUCUUGUGUCUUUUCAACUGAUCUGCAGUUACUCAACAUUACUCUUCAACUUGCUGGAGCUGAUUUUGACAGUUGAAGCUGCGACUAUCAGUCAGUUCCACACUUCUCACAGGAGAUCGUAUCCACUACAUAGAACAAGAACAAACAUUCAUGGUGAGAAGUAGGAAUUAAAUGGGAAUGAUUUAAUCCUUUCUCUUUAUUCCAAGUUAGUGUCCGAUCAAACUAAGUCUGAAGCUUCUAUUUGAAGGUAAGAAAGUUGCAUGGUGUUGCUCUAAAGUGACCUUGAGAUCCAAGUGAUGAUGUGCCGUUGGUAACAGUUACAGCAUGAGGGUCACUCGCUGGGUUUGCUGGCAGUCACACACUUGCCGUCUCGACGGACCGUGAUUAUUUUUAGAGCUCGCGAUGUGAGGUUAUUAUUGGAUUAGAAUCUGGACCCGGAUCAAUUUGCUUUUGUUAUUGGCCGAGAAACAUUUCGAACCUGCCAAGGAUCAGACUGCGUGAUCACCUUACCUCUGCUGAGUAGGAAAAACAAGGACAUUAAUUCAGAUGAAUUUUAUUAGUGACAUCUAACAACCACAACUGUGGGCGUCAGGGGAAGAAAAACAUUUGCAAGUGAUGCAUAUUUUCAAAACUCUACAGAUAUGAGGUAUGAUGAUAUAAUCACAACAAUGCUUAUAUUAAGCUGGUGUCACACACACACACACACACACACUUCAUCCUCUCACUUCUGACCACAACACAAAGACCAGAGCAUUGAGACAAGAUGCAUUCAAAGUAUUUCUCACAGACAUGUUACAUUACACAGCGUCGUCCUCGAGCCAGUUUCUGUGUCUCAUCAAUGCAGCUUGUAAAAAAGAAAGAGGAGCUGGAGUUGGAUAUGAACCACAAAAUUAAUGAUCCCACCAAGUGAUCCGUGUGAACACACACUGCAUUUCAUAACUUGCAGCUUAUAACAACACUUUCUACUGUGGAGUAUUUACUGAAGGUAUAUGUGGCAAGAAGAUAAAGUGUAUCUGGAACUUGUAUAACUGCAAUUGACAUGUUUAUUAGCAUACUAUAAUUUAACAUGUGUGUAUGUAAAUCAGCUUUCCCGAGGAAAGCUCUUCUUUUUAUUUCUCUGUUUUUACUCUGCCAGAAGUACAAAUGGUGUUUUGAAGUUGAGCAUAAAACACAAUGGUUAAGAUAAUAACCCUGGAGAAAUGUGCCUUUGAUAACUCUGCUUUUACCUCAUUAAAUUCUAGAUUUGCAGAUUUAUUUAAACAUCCUUUGUAACAUGUGGUCAGUGUUGUGUUGCUAGAUUAAAUAAAAGAGCAUGUGAUGCACUAAUGUUUUCAA